UUUUAAAUUUUGACAAUUAAUGUGUAUUUUUUUCUUUAAAAAAGUUAUGAAUCACGACAAUGCGGUAAUCGCACGUUACAUUUGAAUUUUUUUGGCGCCAACUGAUUAACUUAAUCAAAAUGAUUAAGAUACUGCUAGUCAUGACAAUAUGGACGUUCUCCGAAGCGUCGUACCCCAGCCGGAUGGCGCUGAAGUUGCGGAGUCCGGUCGCGUUCCGGCCCGGCGUGGUGCUGCAGCGGCCGUACCCUCAACGCAUCGUGCCCACCGCGUCCAGGCGGGCGCCGCCGUACAUUUUAUACAGGAAUUUUCCCCAUCACAGAUAUGCCAUGAAGCACAUCAACCCAGUUCCAACGCGCAAUCACAUCUUCAGCCCAUGGAAGACCACCAGGCUGCCGAUUCCAGUGGCGACUCCAGACUACGACUUCGUUCGAGCCGCGUCCUCUCCGGUUAUACAGGCAGAUGGUACAGGUGCCAUCCACACCAUCCCAGCGCCCAACCUCAGCCUGUCCGAGAGGCCGAUCGUCGUCAUGGAUUCUUCUGAAACAAGCAGCGAGAGCGAGUCUUCCGAGGCUCCAAGACCAACGUAUGAAGUAUCGGAGAAAUAUGCAGAUCAACCGAUCUAUCAACCAAAUCCAAAGAUAGAACCACCCAUCGGAUUUUCAAAAGCAUCCACAAUGUCAGCAGCAGAACUGCAGAGUAUAAUGAGGAACAACGCAGCCUUACAUAUAGCCUCCGAGUAUGGUCUGCCCAUACAUCUAGGAGCUCAACCCGUGUCAGAGACGUCAGUCAUACCACAUCAAUUCUCAAUGCAGGGUUUCCAUGGAACUCCUCAGGACUUCAAAGCGGCGGAAGGGUUAAUAAUGCCACCCAACGGAAUAUACCAACAGUUCCCAACUAUCUUCCAGCAAUUCCCACCAGUUAACUUCCUCCCAUUCGCACAAGACUUCUCAUCACAAAUCCAAGUACAAACACAAGCCCCAGAUACUGAACCUCCUUUGUACUUGCUACAGAAUGAGCAGAUUACUAAACAAGCACCAUCAUCAUUCGUUUCCAGUGAUGAAAAGAAUCUAGUACAAAGGGAAACACAAGAAAGCUCUGUAAUAGCUUUAGUACCUCAAGGUUUUAGUGUUAAAAACGUUUCGGAAAAUAUCAUCGAUGUAGACGCUACUACAGCAUCCAUACCACAAAAUUCAACUUCAGAUUUGGUCACCACUGAAACACAGGCAACUACUACAGCUAAGCAAGUAGAAGUGAGUACAGAAAACCAAGAUGCAGCACCUGUGUAUUACGCUCAAAUCGGUCAAAGCGUUGGUAAUGUUAUAGCAAAUGGUUUUUACACAGCAUUAAAUGAUGUCAGAGCCACUAUGGCAAGUGAAUUCGAUAAAAUAGAAAGUAAUAUUGAUACACCAAGAGAUACCAAGGUUAAUAUAACUACAGACAUUCCACCAACCACCACUCAAAGGGAAACAAAAGCUUUAUACAAACAAAAUCAAAGCGACGGUAAAAGGGACAAAGUUGAUAAACUAAAAAAUCUAAGAGCAUCCCCGUUUGUAAAGGCAGCUGAAUCAGUUAACGUAGCCUAUACUUUACUAAGAGCAAAUGAAAAACAAUCCAAAGUAAAUCAAGACGGAGAAGUAUUUGCAGGACAACUUGUUGAAGCUAAAAUAAGCGAAGAUCAAGAUUUCAAUAAAGAAAAGGCAAAUUUGGCCAAUCGCUCACCAGUUCGUAUGUUUUCCGUAACAGAGAAGAGGGUUUCGGAAUCAAGUCCACAGAGGUCGGUGGUCAAGGCUAAGAUACCUCCGAAAAGUAAACUGACGUUUGAUGAUAAAACUGGCGAACCGGUUCUGAGAGUUUACGCUAGUUAUGUUGAUAAUCCCGUACAGAAAGAACAAGUAACGACAAAGCUAGGGAACAUGAAACGCAAGGACAUAACAAGGAAGCAAGACACCGUCGACUGGAAAACUGACGCCGUUAAGAACCUGGACCAACAAGAAACGGGGGAUGUCAACCACAUGGCUCAAUUCGGAUUGAAGAUCAAGUCUAGAAGUGAUGACUAUAUGCCAAUAUUUGAUGAUUAUGAGUAGGACAAAAUCAGGAAGCUUACCAUGAGCUUAGUAAUCAGAAUUCAAGCCAUAAGAGUGCACAUUGACAAAAAACUCUCUGGCCAAUGCACUCGACGAAUGCGUACAGCUAGGUGAUUCGGUAACCCAGUGUCUAACGCUGAAUGAUAGCCACCGAGGUUGGUUUGUGCUACAUUGCUGCUUCACUGGGUGUUAUUAAAUAAUUGUUUCGUAGAAAACCUUCAAUGGAUUAAAAAAUGAGCUUGGUGACUAUCA